ACAAAAAAAAAGAAAACCUAUACCCCCUGUCCCCAUCUCCUUGCCGAGCCCCCACAGCCCCCUCGCUCCGUGCAUCUUCUUCCUCCUCGCGCGAGCGCCGCCACUCAUCCCGCUGCCGAGCGCCCGAGCCCCCUUCGUCUUCCUCCUCGCUCGAGCGCCUCCACCGCAGGUUGAUCUCCCCUUCGAUUCUCUCGCUCCCGACCGUUUCUCCUCCCAUCACACCACGAACGGAUUCCGCCCUUUAGAUCCCCGUUUCAUAAUCUUCCCCAAUUCGUAACUGAGGCAAAAUCAAGGUAGGGCGGGCGCCCUACCUUGCCCUACUGGGUCCUCCGCCUGUCCUGCUGCUGUGACUUGCAUCAACCUUGCUUUCGUUUUGUGGUCAAUUUGGUGGAACCUAUUUUACCCUUUGCUUCAACUCAAUGCUGGCAGGAUCGACUCCCUGUUGGGUAUUGUCGUAGAAGGUUGCAACCAGCAGUAUGUGGGCUAAGGCUUCAGACCACACAUACCGGCGCUCAGAUGAUCAAAGAAUGGCAUACUACAACAAUUCAGUGCCUUCACGAGAAAAUGGAAGGUUCUAUGUAGCGCAGAGUCAUAUAGAUCUUCACUACACGUCUUCCGAUGAUGGGUCACAGAAGAUUAGAUCCAACCCUCAAGUAUUUGAACCGCAAUACUGUACCCUGGAAUCAUCAUCAGGAAAUGGUGUGUAUCCCACCCAAAGCUCCACUUCGUCUCAUAGCAUCUCCCCUAUAAGUGGGAGCCCCCUAUCCCAGCAUGAUAGUCAUUCAGACCACAUAUAUGGAUCGCCCCCAAGUGCUUCCUGUGUUACUGAGGUUGCGGAUCUCCAGGUUAAACUAAAGGAGCUAGAGGAUGCAAUUCUUGGACCUGAAUUAGACAUAACUUCUGACAGCCCUGAGAGCUCCUUGCAAGCCAUCAAUCCUUUGAAACCAGAUAACUGGAGACAGCUUCUUGGAAUUUAUACAGGGGACUUGAAGGAGGUAAUCAUAGCAUGUGGUAAAGCUGUUGCUGAGAAUGAUGUAUUUGCGACAGAACUACUCAUAUCAGAGUUAGGUCAACUGGUAUCUGUCUCUGGUGAUCCGAUGCAACGACUGGGUGCUUAUAUGUUGGAAGGCCUUGUUGCCAGACUGUCUUCGUCCGGGAGUAAAAUAUAUAAAUCGUUGAGAUGUAAACAACCUACAGGCUCUGAGCUCAUGUCAUACAUGUCUCUUCUUUAUGAGAUCUGCCCAUUCUACAAGUUUGGUUACAUGUCAGCAAAUGGUGCUAUUGCUGAGGCUAUCAAAGGUGAGAACUUUGUUCACAUCAUUGAUUUCCAAAUUGCACAGGGAAGCCAGUGGGUAACUGUUAUACAGGCUCUUGCAGCGAGGCCUGGGGGUCCUCCGUGCCUAAGAAUCACUGGUAUAGAUGACUCGGAUUCUAUUUAUGCCCGAGGUGGUGGAUUGGAUAUAGUUGGCACUAGAUUGUAUAAAGUUUCUCGAGCAUGCGGUCUGCCCUUUGAGUUCAAUGCUAUUCCAGCUGCUAGCCAUGAGGUCCACCUCGAGCAUCUUGAUAUAAGACCUGGGGAGGUUAUCGUUGUGAACUUUGCCUAUCAGCUGCAUCAUACUCCUGAUGAAAGUGUGAGCAUGGAAAAUCACCGGGAUAGGAUUUUGAGAAUGAUCAAGAGCCUCUCUCCUAGAGUGGUGACUCUAGUUGAGCAGGAGUCAAAUACAAACACAGCUCCAUUCUUCCCGAGAUAUUUAGAGACUCUCGACUACUAUACUGCAAUGUUUGAGUCGAUAGAUGCUGCUCUCCCAAGGGAUGAUAAAAGACGGAUGAGUGCAGAGCAACACUGUGUUGCAAGGGAUAUUGUUAAUUUAAUUGCAUGUGAGGGUGCUGAUAGGAUUGAGAGGCAUGAGGUGUUUGGAAAAUGGAAGGCGAGAUUUGCAAUGGCUGGAUUUAGGCAAUACCCGCUAAGUUCAGUGGUAAACAACACCAUCAAAACACUUUUGGAUAGUUACAACAACUACUAUAGGCUUGAGGAGAGAGACGGUGUCCUUUACCUUGGAUGGAAGAAUAGAGUAUUAGUUGUGUCUUCUGCAUGGUGGUGAUAUGUCUUCACAAAGACACUCAUGUCUUGUCAGCGUUUUGGUCUCCAGCUCGCAGAUGGAAGACAAUCUGAGAUUCUUGUCUGUGUUAAGUUAUCAACACAGCUAUGCUCACGGGCCAUCUAAUGCAGCGUCAUCUCAAUAUCCUCGCGGCAAUCCUGGUGACGUUGUUGUGAGGCAUAACUGUGAUAUCUUCGUGAUUAAAGUAUAUGCGUAGGAAUUUGUUGUUGAUCCGUGGCUAGUUGUUGUGCUCUCCUUCUAGGUUUUACAUGUUGUAACGUUCAGAGGUAAGCUAAGACAGGCAUAAGAUUGCCUGUUAGUCUCUACCUGUCAGUGUCGACCCCUUACGGCCUAUAUUUGUGUAACGCCAUUAUGAUUUGUUGUAAUACAACUUCUGGUUAAUGUAUCAUCACGUCAGUCUUUAAAUCUU